ACCCUCCCGAAGACCUUUGACCCCCCGUUGUUAUGUCGGGCCUGAGCCGCCACCGCUGCCUCCGCAUUCCUUAGCGCGCGCUCGCGCCCGGCCUCCCCACGCUGCUUCUCUUCCGACGAGGCGCGCCGCCCCGCCUCAGUGGUUUCACCCCCCCCACACCGCGCCUCCCCUCUCUCUCGCGCGCGCGCCAAAGCCCAGCCGCCAGCCCCUCCCCUCCCCCACCGCCGCGCCCGAGUAACGGUCGGCCCCGCGCGCUCCCUCCUCGGCCUCCUCGCACGCGCGCGCCCGCCCACCGCCCUUCUGCCGCCGCCGCCGCCGCCUCCGGGCCGCUCGUCUGUCGCGCCCCCCCCUCGGAGAAAGAUGAAGGAGACGAAGCAAAGGAGGAAGAAGGAGCGCACGUGGGCUGAGGCCGCCCGCCUGGUGUUGGAAAAUUAUUCUGAUGGACCUAUGACUCCAAAACAGAUUCUGCAGAUCAUAGAAUCUGAAGGCUUAAAGGAAAUGAGUGGAACCUCUCCAUUGGCCUGUCUGAAUGCCAUGCUUCACUCCAACUCAAGGGGCUGUGAUGGACUUUUCUACAAACUUCCUGGGCGUAUCAGCCUUUUCACUCUUAAGAAAGAUGCUGUGCAGUGGUCUCGGAACUUGACUGCACCAGAAGGGGAAGAGCUGGAUGACGCUGCUGAUGCUGAAAGCAGUGGCUCCAAUGAAGCCAGCACUGUGAGUGGUGAUAAUGAUGUAUCUUUAGAUGAAACCUCUUCAAAUGCCUCUUGUUCUACUGAGCCUCAGAGCAAGUGUGUACCUGCUGUCCGAGAAAGUCACAGAGCAGCCUCACAGGCAAGCAAACAGAAGAAAAGGACUGGUAUGAUGCUUCCCCGUGUAGUUCUGACUCCCCUGAAAGUAAAUGGAGCUCAUAUGGAAACUUCAUCAGGGCUUACAGGGAGACAAGCGGGUGGUGAGAGCAGCAGCAGCAGCAGCAGCAGCUCUGCAGCCCUGGGGAGCGCUGGAGUGCGCAGCAGGAUGGAAAUCGCCAGGGACCCUCCUCAGUUGUUCCGGGGGUUCCGGAAGCCCGCAAGCGGACAGAUGAAGAGGAACAGGGGUGAUGACAUAGACUUUGAGACGCCUGGCUCCAUUCUUGUCAACACAAAUCUGCGAGCACUGAUAAAUUCCAGGACUUUCAACUUGCUGCCCUUGCACUUCCAGCAGCAGCUCUUGCUCCUCCUCCCCGAAGUGGACAGACAGGCUGGGACAGAUGGACUGACGCGGCUCAGUGGGAGUGCUCUGAACAACGAGUUCUUUGCCCAUGCUGCCCAGAGCUGGAGGGAGCGCCUGGCUGAUGGGGAGUUCACUCAUGAAAUGCAGGUUCGCAUAAGGCAGGAAAUGGAGAAGGAGAAGAAAACGGAGCAGUGGAAGGAGAGGUUCUUUGAAGACUACUAUGGGCAAAAGCUGGGCUUGACCAGAGAAGCACCUCAGCAGCAAAACUCUGUGCAGGAGGAUGCAGAGAACCGGACUGCCCCGUCUGCCCAAGAAGAACCUACCAGGCCGCUGCGUGGUCCUGUUACCCGGCAGCGAGAUGGGCACUUCAAAAAGCGCUCACUCCGAUGCAGAGCUCAGAGGAGCCUGUGUAAAUCGCGUGAGCCAGAGAAGGCAGAGGCCGCCACGGAGAGAGAGCAGCCUGUAGAGCCAGAGUCCCCGGAUUGUAGAGAGACCAAACCAGAAGUGGACUUGCAUGAAGGGAGCCAGGCAUCUCCAGAGCCAGAGGUCUUGCCUGAGGCUCCCAGGCUCCUGAGCAAGGUAGAAGAUGUGAUGGUGGCGGCGGCAGCGGCGGCAGGAAGGAUUCCCUGCUUGCCCCAGGAGUCGCCAGACCAGGAGUCCAAGGAGCAGAAGAGAAAGUGCUUUGAGCAGACUGCCUCUGCCUCCUUCCCCGAAAAGAAGCCCCGGCUUGAAGAUCGCCAGUCCUUUCGUAACACAAUUGAAAGUGUUCACCCAGAAAAGCCACAGCCCACCAAAGAGGAACCCAAAGUCCCACCCAUCCGGAUACAACUUUCCCGCAUCAAACCCCCCUGGGUGGUUAAAGGUCAGCCAGCCUACCAGAUAUGUCCUAGGAUUAUCCCCAAUCCAGAGCCCUCCAGCCAGGACAGAAACGGGGCCCCAGCAACUGCUGACUUUAAGGCCUGUGCUCUGCAAGGCAGGAUCCAGCGAGAGGCUGCUGCUUCUGCCACCGCCAUUGGAGGUGGGGGUGGGCCAGGAGGAGGAGGAAGGAGCACGGAUGAAGGCGGUGGUGGUGGUGGCGGCGGCGGCGGUGGCAGCGGCAGCAGGAACAGAGGCCGGCAACCCAGUAACCGCCCCAAGGGCUGGAGAUCAAGGAGAACGCGUGGGAAGUGUGUGUCAAAUCUACAGCGAGCACAACUAUUGCCGCCUUCCCACCUAGAAGGAGAGGCUGGCUUUGAGCUGGCUAAAGCAAAUUCACCCACCUGUAGGAAAGAGGCCUCCCCUCCCAGAGCUGAGAGGGAUCUUGCAUUUGUGCAGGCUGCCAGCAUUACUUCACCUGGGGCUGGAAGUGCCACCCGGCUUGCUGAGGCUUCAGGAAGCAGCCACGCGGAAUGCACGUCUGCUGAGCUGCCCCUUGAUGGCAUCGCCACGGAGGCACUGGAGGGCAGCUCUGGGCCUCUCGCAAGUGAGCUUGGCCAUGAACAGUCUCCAGGUGCUGUUUCUCAGGAGGAUCAUGAUAGCAAGGCGAGAACCGAGCUUCCUGCAGAUAGCAAACAACAUUGCUCUUGGCUAGCGGAUUCUCCAGUGAAUCUCCUUGGAGGUGCUAGCAGAAGGCAGGGGCCUGAGGGUGGCGAUCUCCUCAUUCUCAACUGCAGUUCUGCUGCAAAGUUAACCACCUGCAGUGCUUCCAGCGACACCACAGAUUUGGCAGCCGAGAGCAAAGUGGAAGAUGGAUUUGAUAUGCCUGGCCUUUGUGCAGGGGAGCAUCUCCCUUCUCGCGGGGAUUCUAGUGUCAUUGGGGUGGAGGAUUGGACUCCCCAGUUCCAGAUGUCUCCGCACCAAGUGGCAACACAGAGGCAUGAAAGAGAAACACAGGAUGGGCUACAUAGUCGUGACGAGGAAGCUGCUUUGAUGAAACCAGUUCCAUGCUCUGUUGGCUUAGAUGCCUCCCAAAGCUGCCUUCCAACAUGGGGAACACUGGUGUCAGCAGGAGCAGAGGCAGCUGGCCAGCAGGUAGAGACACCACAAAGCACCAGCUCCGCCAGUGACGAGGAAACCAGGAGCAUGCUAAGUGAGACAACAGAGACCGCAUCCGACUUGGAAGCAGAGCUAACCGAUGAGAAUGCAGAAUUGAAUGAGGACUGUCGGGAGGCAACAGAGAAGAGAGCUGCUCUCAACAGGAGCUGUGCAGAGGAGCACCACAAAGUCAAAUCUGAAUAUUCUGUGAGAACGGAUGCUCCUACCCACAGGAUAGUCUUGCCUCUAGAAGCAGCGACCCCUGCCAUUUGUCAGUCACAGUCCUGGAGUCCACAGCCAUCUCUUCCGCAGAAAGCUUCAGAUUCUUCUCUCCACAUUGAUUUAGGAAGCCAGAAGAGGCCUGUGUUGGGGACCCCCAAGCCGCUGUCUUCGAUAGAAGCAAGCAAUCCCCUUGUGGUGCAGUUGCUAAAGGGAAGCCUGCCUCUGAACACUGCUCUCCAAGGAGCUCACAGUGGCACCAAGCUGGAAGCUGCAGCCUCCUCUCUGGACAAGCCCUCUGCAACGUGUCAUCCUUUCUCACUGGGGGGUAAGAGCAAUGGCUGCCUUGCCCAAAAGUCCCCUCAGGAGGAGGGGAUAGGCAUGAGUGGCACUAUCAGAAAUGGAUACUGUGUGCCAAGGCCCUUGAAGGACUUGCCGGAAAGGCCAGAUGCUUUUGGCCCAACACCCCCACCCAUGCCCAGAGAGAGGCUGGGCAAGGAGCCUGAGAGCCUGGAGAAGACCCACCCUGACUGUAGUCCAAACUCCGACUCUCCAGGCCAAGUAGUGAUUGCAGUCCAGAAGCCUGAGAAAUGGGGCCUGGGAAAGGGGGCACUCUCUUCUUCUUCUCCCUCUGUCCCUGGUAUACCAGAGGACAGCACCUCGGCAGAAUCUGCCCCCCGUGGGAGCCCUGAGGGGGAGCUCAAACCGCCCAUGGCGGCACCUAAACUUUUAUCUCCAGGCGUAACCUCUUCGAGUCCAGACCAGCUGAGUGGUGAUUCUGCUCAGAAGACACAUGGAGCUCAUGGGAAGAAGGUCUUUGGUUCUGGCUUCCCUUGCAGUGCUGCUUUGAGAGCACAACGCCCCAACCUGCUUGAGCCCUUCCCCAUCCUGGGCAUGCUGACGCACAGCAAGCCAGCUCCAAAGAGUAGUGCAUCUGGAGAUGGCGGGCAAGCCAUCAAGGAAGAUUGGCCUCCCAAGCAGCAGCGUGCACACAGAGGUGGUGGAGUUGAGAACAAGGAUGCUUGUUCUGGCCCAGUCAAGAGGAAUGUGGAGAAGAGGAAGGAGGUUCCCCCCAGCCCUGGAGAACUGCAGAGUAUUCCCUUCGUCAGGGACUUGCCCUUCUUCAAGUUGCCCAGGGAGCCAGGAAAGGGACUCACCCAGCCCCUGGAACCCUCCUCCAUCCCCUCACAGCUCAACAUCAAGCAGGCCUUUUAUGGGAAGCUUUCAAAGCUGCAGCUGAAUUAUGCCUCCAACACACCUGUUUUCUCCAGAAGCCUUGCAGGAAGCAUGAUGCAGCUAAGCCACAAAGCGAACUUUGCCGCAUCCCACGGCAUGUCCCUCUCUGCGCAGAUGUUUGCCGACAGCAGCAGCAUGGAAGAGAUUUCACUCCAGUGUUCAUGCAGUCUUAAAGCCAUGAUCAUGUGUAAAGGCUGUGGGGCAUUUUGCCACGAUGACUGUAUCGGCCCCUCCAAGCUUUGUGUGUUGUGCCUUGUGGUGAGAUGAUGAACUACGACCCUAGGAGGACAAGGUGUAUAUUGAGUUUGUCUGUUUUGAUAACGAGGACCCUGCAGCCUGUACACAAAAUAUCAUUCUGGUCAUAAUCGAGGCAAUGUUAAUGCUGUAUGUUUUGGUUUUCCUGCUAGAAUUGGCUGUGGUCACAGGGACAGUUCAGUUUUUGCAGGUUUGUCUCCACAGGGACCGUUGGACAUGCUGCCUGCUUUCAGCCUUCCCUGGCACUGAUGGUUGUAUCUCAUUAGCUCUUCUGGAGAGGGAGAGUUGGCCUGCGUGGGAACUGGAGCCAACGUCAUCCAUUUUUAGGGCUGAAUUAAUUACACUCAGUUUGCUCAAAGUGGAGCAGAAUAGUGUCUUCCAUUCGCCUCUUCCACUGUCUCCCUCCCCUGGCCUGCAAGUGGAGUGGGGGGAGUUUUGAGAGCUCUCCAUUUAGGGAGAGCAGAGGAAAUGCAUGGUUGCAGGCUUCAGAGCUGGAAGGCAGGGAGGAGGGCAGCUGCAGGAGUGGUGAGUGCACUGCGUCCCACCUCCAGUCUUGGAGUGGCUUGGCUGGGUUGCGGCUGUUGGGCAGGCCGUGUGAGAACUUGGGCUACCAGGGGUUGGCAGGCUGGGUACAGCUCUUUUUACUUUCUGAGCAGUGUCGUUUUUUAAUAUGUGUGUGUAAAUAUAUACAUAUAUCUAUAUAUAUCUUAUCUAUAUAUAUCUAUAUAUAUAUAUAUAGAUAUAUCUAUAUAUAUAUAUAUAUAUAAUUUUAAACUUUUUGUUCUUGGGUGUAAAAAGUGAAAACGUUUGGCUCCUCUAUGUACCCUCUAUGCAUCUGUUGGAUCAUGUAUUUAUAUGUUGUACACAGUACUGGCCAAUUCUGUAAAUUGAUGUUAUGUCCAUAAAGGGUUUUUUAAAAUUCCUUUAUUUUUCAGGCUGCAGCAGUAUUGCAUUAAAGUGGUGUUGGUUACGAUUUGCUAUACAUAGUCAGCUGCUGUGUGUUCUGUCCUGCCUGACGCAAGGUUAACCAUGUCUCACAGCUGGGACUGCCUCUUGUGCUGCCAGAAUGGGCUCUUCCGUGGUGAUGAGAUGGAUGCUUCCUGCAGAAAGUCUUGUGUAGCUGCUCAGAUGUGGACGUUGUGCUUCUUGCUCACCUCCUCUUAUCCCUCGUGGGAGCUGAAGGCAAUCACCCACAUGUAUCCCUCACUGGUGAAGGUCCCGGCAGUAGGAUUUCCUUCUUGACAGGUGGAGGAGGAAGCCCAUGUUCCGUUUUCAUUAAGGCAAAUGGAGAGCAAAGGUUGGUCAUCUUCCUCUUUGCCUUUCCUUAGCUCCUACCUACCUCUUCAUUGACCAGGCUCUUUUUCUUCAAGUGUAGACCUUCCUGCCUGAGAGCUGUAGAAGUGUAAAAAUCUGGGCUUUAUUGUCUCCAAAAUGGUUUACUCUUAGCCAGUGUGGCAGCUGUUUAAGACAGAAAUACAGCAGAGACAGUGUAAGGUGAAGACAUGAAUUGCGGUAUUAAAGGUAACUAAGCUGAUGGUCUGAAACCUGCUUACCAAAGAUGGGGGGGGCAGAGCUGAGACCCCCCCUGCUCUGCAUCCUCCAGGGCCACUAUUGUGUACAGACUGAUGCUGGUCUGAUGGGGGUGGGGAGUCUUCUCUGAUGACCUCUGGUGUUGUAUGUCCCUUGUGGUAUUGGAAAAAUAAACAUUUUGAAAAGCUG